AUUGACUGUGAACGGCCCAAGUUCAUUACGUAUUCCCGCCCAUGAUGUUGAUACACCUUUGUGGACAGUGUAUUGAAAUACUUUAUGAUAGAUAAUUAAUGUCAGCGGUCUGUUUAACUCCGCCCCAUCUACAAGACAAAUACAGCAUCACUCACACUGUAACAUGUAUAUAACUAUGUAGGUGGAUCGUAGUAUGAACUCAGUGAACGUUACAGGUAUGGAGUGGAUAAAGGUGUUCCUUAUUACGAUUGGCGUCGUUCACGCUUCCUGUCCACAUGAAGACCCUGCAUUGAGGCCGUGGUCAAAUCCUGCCAGCUGGCCCAGCGGAAUGACUCCCAGCUUUAUGGAGGAAGUGAAGGUGCAUACAGCUAUUUUGUUGGAUAUCACCCCGCCAACCUUAACAAGUGUGACAAUAUCUCAUGGUGGUAGACUGGUAUGGAAACCCACGGGGAGUGUCAACCUGACCGUGGGCUUUCUCCUCGUACAGGGGCGGAUGGACAUCGGAUCGGAGGACUGCAAGUAUGGUGGUAGGACUAUCAUCACCAUUACAGGUAAGCGUGGUGACUAUGACGUAAUUGGUUUUGGAGAGAAGUUUAUCGGUGUGGACAGUGGUGGUAUACUUGAACUUCAUGGAAGGGAGAAGGUGUCCUGGACAAAGCUUAACAGAACGGUGCCCAAACUAACGCAGGGGCACGGAUAUGUCUACAGUCAUAAGGAAAGUCAUCUAUGGAAGAAAGACGAUUGGAUGGAAGGUUUAGGAGCCUAUGUAAUUGAUCCAAUGACAGAUGAAGUGGAGGCGUUCCGAAUGUUCUAUCUGAGUGGCAGGAAUGAACAGAUGACGAACUAUCACAUUCGGGAUGUACGGCCGUUCUUGAAAGGUAUUUCUCCCGGUAAACUCUUGUUCCUUUCCGUGCAACACUCAAUGGUGAACACAUCAGAUUUGUCUUGGGUAUUUGACGAGCUGGAGGAGUUUGCGUUUGGUUCCGUUAGCGGGCAAGGAUUAUUCCGAACGGUACAGGAUGGCGAUGCCUAUGUUAUGAUAGCGAAAGCCGGCGAUCCUUCUUUUACGAUAGAACGUAAACACAACGGAUCGACGAGUACAGUAUCCGAAAUAUCAGCAAAAUGUACGAAUUGGAACAGGAGACGGAUAUAUAUCGUAGAAAGUUACAUCGACAAGACAGAGAAAUGGAAAUCGCACAUAGACCUUCGUAUUUUGGAUACAGACUACGCCUACCCAAAGCUGAACGUCAUUGAUGACGUCACUUCCUGGGAUGUUGGAGAUGCAGUGGUGCUGACCUCGACUGACUUUAACUGGAAACAAGCAGAGGAGGCUACAAUUGUGCCGUGUCUGGAGUGCAGUACCCAUCAGCUGAGAGUUUAUUUGGAAACUAAGUACACACACUGGGGAGAAAUGAUAAACAACGUGGACUGUCGUGGGGAGGUGGCAUUGCUGUCUCGUAACAUCGUCCUACAGGGACGGAUGGCCGAGUAUUGUCCCCCAGAGAACGGCAACUGUGACGCUUAUCCCUACGAUACAUUCGGAGCACAUUUGAGGAUACAACCAAAUUUUUGGAGUGUUCAUAUAGAAGGCGUGGAGAUAAAACAUUUUGGAUCCCAAACAGAACUAAGAAGAUACCCUAUCCACUUCCACAUGUCCGGGGAUGUGGACGAUCAUGUGAGGUAUCCAAACCCGCCGUACGUCGCCAACAACUCCAUACACCAUACCUUCGCCAGGUGUGUUGUCGUCCAUGCUACACAUGGGCUUCAGGUGAAGGAUAAUGUAUGUUACGACUGUCUUGGGCACGCUUUUUAUAUCGAAGAUGGUGGGGAGAAGAGGACGGUAUUAGAUGGCAACCUUGGAGCAAGCACCAGGAAAGGAUCCCUCAUUCCAGCAGAUGUAUCUCCGUCGACGUUCUGGAUCACCAACCCUCUGACGUUCGUGCGUAACAAUGUGGCAGCUGGGAGUGAGAAUACUGGAUUCUGGUUUGUGUUCCCUGACUCGCCGGUAGGACUUUCACAAGGGCUUGGGUUCAUGGCAAAGGGCGAGGCUAGUCGGACGGCUCUCGUGGAGUUCAGUAACAACGUAGCCCAUUCCAACUAUGUGCUUGGAGUAAACAUUGACCAGAAAUUGCUUGCCAAUUUUUCCAUCGGUUCCACCAAUGGAUAUGAACCAAAAGAAGACCCCCUGAAUGAGAUGUCCCCCGACAAAGAAGUAAUCAUAGACAGAUUAACAUGCUACAAGAAUAACAUGCAUAAUGCCUGGAUACGAGGAGGUCAGAUACGCGUCACAAGAUCAUCGUUUUCAGAUAGUGCGAAGGCCCUAACGUUUGCAAGGAAUGGAGAUCAAGUUCAAUUUCUAUCUGACUCGGUGAUCAUCGGGGAGAGUGCCAACAUUGGCGAUGACACGAAGCUGUACAACAUAUCAAACAAGCAGUGGUUCUCAAUGCCUCGUUCAAUGCCAAUUCCCUGGGAUAUACAUCACCCUGUCAUGGGGUUCACGGUCUAUGACGGUCCUGUCCAUCUACACAACAUAUGGUUCGAUGGUUUUGGAGUCAACCCUAAUUAUACUUUGAGCGCUCUUGGUUUCCAGCUUCAAAACAAGUUCCCAAGCUCCCCUGUUACUUCCGUGUCCAGGUUAAUGUUUGGCUUCAACGAUGGGGUAAGGAUGGGAAAUCGGAUCUAUGACGGUAACGCAAAGAAGGCAGGUUAUGCUAAGUACGCUGGAGACCAGGGGGCCACCUGUAGGGACACGGAUGGGUCUCUGACCUCACUACCAGGCACACAGGUGGUGAAGCCAGACCCAUUUUAUACCACUGGUUCCUGUCUGUACCGUAGUAAUUGGAACAUGGCAAUUUGUCCCCAUAGGUAUGGUAAGCUCAUGCUUCAUGUUCCAAAUGUCGAUGACAAAGCCAUACUUCCCAUCCUGGUCCGUGACGACCUGUCUGAUGUGAGCGAGACAAUUAGCGAAUACGCGUACAACCCUCAAUUCCUAGUUGUGCUCGGUGGGAACUAUAGCUAUACCCUUCAUUGGAACUCCCGUGUACCUCGCAAGUUUGUACUGGAAGGACUUGGGGUGGAAAAGGACUACCCUGUUCAAAUCGGAGUGUGCUUACCAAGAGAUGCGACGUUUGACCUCAAGUCGUGGGCACCGGUGUGGCGAGCCGAUUUAUCACACUGGACAUCGGUCAAUAGUACCGAUGUAUUAUCAAAUGAAACAGACGGCGGGCAAUAUUACUGGGACAAAGAAGUCGGAUUACUAUUCAUACAACUACAAAGUUUAACAAGACGAACAGAGACAACGGUGAAAGAUUGUAAUGGGUUGUGCCCGGUGGUACAGAUAACUGUUAUAUCAGGCGACCUUAAUGAUGCCGAUUGUAGGCCGAGAGCAUAUCCAAAAUAUCUCAAAAUAAUGACGGAGCAGCAGAAAGGAGCAUUUGAUAAAAUCUUGACUGGAAAAGAAUUAACACCGCCAAAAGAUGUCGGUGCUGGUGCGUCUAGACCGUUUCCAUCAAGAUUACCUAGUCUUGGAACAAACUGCUGUCUUAAAACAAACAAAUGAAAUCUGCCCACAUGUCGACAAUUCUCAGAUGUAGUUUGAAGAACAAACAUAAACGGAUGGGAUAUACGAUAGUAUUUACUAUUUUUUUAAAAUGUUUUGAUACAACGUCUUUACCAGUUGAAUUUUUCUUGUAAAGAACAUUAAGAAGUAUCAUAUUCUUAAAAUAAAGAUAAAAUAAUAACGUCUUAUUCAUAUUUCCCUAACAAAGCACCUUUUUCUAAUAGAUAUCAAUAUAAGCAUUGAUAAUAUAACAUUACAUCUCAAACACUCACGCAGGCAUACACACAUAUGGAGAUAUUAGCCAGG